AUGAGUCGACCUCGUAAUCAUCAAGUUACUCCAUAUUAUGAUCGUGAUUUAUCUAUACAUAAACCUGGUGUAAUACCAAAUUCAUCUCGUAUUAUUUCACCCAUAACAGCAAAUCGUCAUAAAUAUGAAUUAAAACAACGAAUCGGUCCAAAGAAAACUGUUGAAUCUUGGUUUGCAAAUCAUUCACCAGAUGAACGUCGAACUGUAUACAGUUUUCUUGAUACACUUCAUCAAUCUGAUGAUAGAAGUAGAAAAGAAGAGCAACGUCAAAAAUCACCAACUCGUCGAAUAAAUACAGCUACAAGUCAUUCAUUACAACGACGAGCAUCUCGUGAUAAUCGAAUAUCAAACCAUGAUCUUGGAGAAGUUCUUGAAACAGUAGAAAGAUUUCGUCCUUCAUCAUCUGUUAAAGAAAAAGGUGUUCAGACUACAUCAACUGCUUUUACAAUUCCGCUACCUGAUGUGAAAAAUGAUCAUAAAUCAGAAGAAAAUUCUACAGUUCAGCCUGAAAAUGAUAAAGCGUCUCGACGUUAUCUUUCACAUACAUGGCGUGUUAUAAAUCCACGUGACGAUGUUGAAAAAAAUGUUCGUCCUGAAAAUAAUACAUCAUCAUUUUUUAAUUAUACCAAAAAAUCUUAUCCCGAAUAUUUUUUUAUUCAUCCCGAUUGGUAUUAA